UCUCACAGCAGCAACAUGUCCUUCAACUCCGCAGCCGGAGGCCACGCCCCCUGGAGGAACAGCAGCCUGCUGCUGGGGGGCGGGCGGGACCCCCCGCUGUCUGACCAGGGAGAGACCAUCAUUGGAGUGUACCUUCUGCUGCUGGGGUGGUUGUCCUGGUUUGGAAACAGCAUCGUCCUCUUCGUUCUGUACAGACAGAGAGCCAACCUGCAGCCCACCGACUACCUGACCUUUAACCUGGCCGUGUCCGACGCCAGCAUCUCUGUGUUUGGAUACUCCAGAGGCAUCAUCGAGAUCUUCAACGUCUUCCAGGGCAGCGAUUACCUCAUCUCCUCCAUCUGGACCUGCCAGGUGGACGGGUUCUUCACGCUGGUGUUCGGACUCAGCAGCAUCAAUACCCUGACGGUGAUCAGCAUCACACGCUACAUCAAAGGUUGUCACCCCAACAGAGCUCGUCACAUUAGUAGAACCAGCGUGUCCAUCAGCCUGCUGCUCAUUUGGAUCACAGCUGGGUUCUGGUCUGGAGCGCCGCUGCUCGGCUGGGGGAGCUACAAAGACCGAGGCUAUGGGACCUGUGAGAUCGACUGGGUCCAGGCCAACUAUUCCAGUGUCUACAAGUCCUACAUCAUCUCUAUCUUCAUCUUCUGCUUCUUCCUCCCGGUGCUCAUCAUGCUCUUCUGCUACGUGUCCAUCAUCAACACAGUGAAGAGGGGCAACGCCCUGUCAGCUGGGGGGGAGCUGAGCGACAGGCAGAGGAGGAUUGAGAGGGACGUCACCAUCGUCUCCAUAGUGAUCUGCACAGCCUUUAUCCUGGCCUGGUCUCCGUAUGCGGUGGUCUCCAUGUGGUCCGCGUGGGGCUUCCAUGUGCCCAACCUCACAAGCAUCUUCACCCGCCUCUUUGCCAAGUCUGCCAGCUUUUACAACCCCCUCAUCUACUUCGGACUCAGCUCCAAGUUCCGCAAAGACGUGGGCGUGCUGCUGCCCUGCACACGGGACUCCAGGGACACCGUGAAGCUGAAACGCUUCAAAUCCAAGGCUGAGGCCCACGGGCGCCUCCGGGUCCCCCUCAACCGGACGGAACGGAAGUACUCGCCUGGGUUCCUGCCCCACCCGACCCCUGCCGGGCCCAACUGUAACAGAAGCAGCCCCCCCGGCACGCCGCCGCCCAUCAGCAAGGAAGUGUUCCACAUCCACAUGCCCCGCCCCUCUGACGCCGGGCCUGAGUUUGAAUGUGACAGACUCUGAUGGAGGCGUGUGGAUACAUAUACAUUAUAUAUGUAUAUUAUAUAGUUUGGACACACUUUCUCAUAGAAUUGAAUAAGAAGAUGUUUACUUUUACUUUUAAAUGGUACUGUAUAUAUUAUGUCCCUAUAUUAUAGACCUGUCCCUGAGCAAGACACCUAACCCCUAAUUGCUCCCCCGGGCAAAAAUGUGAAAAAGCCAUGGGUUUAAAGUGUAAUGUAAGUCGCUUUGGAUAAAAGCGUCUGCUAAAUGACCUGUUAUGUAAUGUAAUGUAAUAUGUAUUCAUAUUAUUUAAACAUAUAAUAUACAUAAAAUAUAUAUAUAUAUUUAUAUAUAUCGCAGAUGUAUAUAUAAUGAUAAUUAUAUAAGGCGUAACAGUGCCAACGUAUUACAUGAGAACCGUGGUUUGUAUUUAUUUAUGAAGUAAUAACAUAAUAAAAAGCUGAAGAAG